AUGCUAGGCUUGGGGCGUCCUCGAUUAAAAGCGCGACCGUCCUUGUUGGAGCUAAUCUCGAAGCAUACGUUGACACUGCCAUCACCGCCCGCCGAGCUGCCACCGCUUCCAGACUCGCCCUCCUCAACCACCUCCACCCUUUCUGUGUCCCCCCAUUCCACACAGGCUUCUACAAUCAUGCCUUCAGACAGUUCUGAGAACAAUGGCAAGAUCUUCUCGGUCUCCGGCCCUGUGGUCGUGGCCGAGCACAUGAUCGGUUGUGCCAUGUACGAGUUGUGCCGUGUCGGACACGGCUUGCUCGUCGGUGAGGUUAUUCGUAUCGAAGCCGACAAAGCCACCAUUCAGGUGUAUGAAGAGACAGAUGGUUUGGCCGUCGGCGACCCCGUCGAAAGAACAGGCAAGCCCCUCUCGGUCGAGUUGGGUCCCGGUCUGAUGGAGACCAUCUACGACGGUAUUCAGCGACCCCUCAAGGCUAUCUCCGACGUGUCCAAGGGUAUCUACAUCCCCCGCGGAAUCACCGUCAACGCCCUCGACCGCGAGCGCAAGUGGGACUACAAGCCUGCCAACUUCAAGGUCGGCGACCACAUCACCGGUGGAGAUAUCUGGGGUUCCGUGUUCGAGAACAGUCUGGUGAACGACCACAAGAUCUUGCUGCCUCCCCGUGCACGGGGUACCAUUACUCGCAUUUCUCCCGCGGGCAGCUUCACCGUUGAUGAGAAGCUGCUCGAGGUUGAGUUCGAGGGAAAGAAGACUGAGUACGGCAUGAUGCAGACCUGGCCCGUUCGUGUUCCCCGCCCGGUGAACGACAGACUGUCCGCCGAUGCGCCCUUCAUUGUCGGCCAGCGAGUGCUGGAUGCUCUGUUCCCCAGUGUCCAGGGUGGUACCGUGUGUAUUCCCGGUGCUUUCGGAUGUGGAAAGACUGUCAUUUCCCAGAGUGUGUCCAAGUUCUCAAACAGUGAUAUCAUCGUCUACGUCGGUUGUGGUGAGCGCGGGAACGAGAUGGCUGAAGUUCUGAUGGAUUUCCCCGAGCUUUCUAUCGAGAUCGAAGGUCGCAAGGAGCCCAUCAUGAAGCGUACCUGCCUCAUCGCCAACACCUCGAACAUGCCCGUCGCCGCCCGUGAAGCCUCCAUUUACACCGGUAUUACCAUCGCCGAAUACUUCCGUGACCAGGGAAAGAACGUGGCCAUGAUGGCGGACUCCAGUUCCCGUUGGGCCGAGGCUCUGCGUGAGAUUUCAGGUCGUCUGGGUGAAAUGCCCGCUGACCAGGGUUUCCCCGCAUACCUGGGAGCCAAGCUGGCCUCCUUCUACGAGCGUGCUGGUAAGUCCAGCGCUCUCGGUAGCCCCGAGCGUGAGGGCAGUGUCAGUAUCGUUGGUGCUGUCAGCCCUCCCGGUGGUGAUUUCUCCGAUCCCGUCACAACCAGUACUCUGGGUAUUGUGCAGGUUUUCUGGGGUCUCGACAAGAAGCUGGCACAGCGCAAGCACUUCCCUUCGAUCAACACCUCCAUCUCCUACAGCAAGUACAACUCAGUUUUGGAUAAAUACUACGAGAAGGAUCACCCCGAGUUCCCUCGUCUCCGUGACCAGAUUCGUGAGCUGCUGGCCAAGUCUGAGGACCUGGACCAGGUCGUGCAGCUGGUCGGUAAAUCCGCGCUUGGUGACUCGGAUAAGAUUACCUUGGACGUGGCCAGCUUGGUGAAGGAUGACUUCCUGCAGCAGAACGGAUACAGUGACUACGACCAGUUCUGCCCCUUGUGGAAGACCGAGUAUAUGAUGAAGGCCUUCAUGGGCUACCACAACGAGGCCCAAAAGGCCAUUGCCCAGGGACAGAACUGGGGCAAGGUCCGCGACGCCACUUCGGACAUCCAAACUUCCCUGCGUGGCAUGAAGUUUGAGGUGCCCGAGAAUGAGCAGGAGGUCUCGGCCAAGUACGAGAAGAUCCUCCAGUCCAUGACGGAGCGUUUUGCCAGUGUCUCUGAUGACCCGGGAACGAAGUUGCAGCCUAAAGACCGAGACCGCUCUGGACGCCACUACGGAGUACAUCAUCACCGCCUUCCGAAGCCAAACAAUCCUCCACUUGUAUUCAUCUUUCUCGCCAAGUGCUUUCGACCUCCGAUCGGUUCUUCCUGCAUUUCGUUCCUCUUGAAUUUGCAACUGUUUCGAUCGCCAUACAAUCGCCUGUCAUGGCAAGCCCUACGUCAGGCUACUCGUGCGCACCCCCUGUCCCUCGCCGAUGCGGUCUGGCUAAUCUCCGUGUGCAGCAUAAACGUCAAUGACCCUAGCUUGAUUUCACUUGUGAACAAGCUUCAGGAUGUCUUCUCUACAGUCGGUGUGCAAAACCCGAUCGAUCUCCCCCAAAUUGCCGUUGUCGGAUCGCAGUCCAGUGGAAAGAGUUCCGUGCUAGAGAACAUUGUUGGUCGGGAUUUCUUGCCCCGUGGAUCUGGAAUCGUCACUCGGAGACCCCUUAUCUUGCAGCUGAUCAACAAGACCCCCACCACGAACGGUGAGACCAAGCUGGAAACGACCGACGCCGAGUCCAACGUCGAUGAGUAUGGUGAAUUCCUCCACCUGCCCGGGGAGAAGUUCCACGAUUUCAACAAGAUUCGCGAUGAGAUUGUGCGUGAAACAGAGACCAAGGUUGGAAAGAACGCCGGAAUCUCGCCAUCCCCGAUCAACCUGCGCAUUUACUCCCCCAACGUCCUCACCCUGACCCUUGUCGAUCUGCCUGGUUUGACCAAGGUCCCUGUCGGAGAUCAGCCCAAGGAUAUCGAGCGUCAGAUUCGUGACAUGGUCCUGAAGUACAUCAGCAAGCCCAAUGCGAUCAUUCUGGCCGUCACAUCGGCCAAUCAGGAUCUUGCCAACUCCGAUGGUCUGAAGCUGGCACGUGAGGUCGACCCCGAGGGUCAGCGCACCAUUGGUGUGUUGAGUAAGGUCGAUCUGAUGGACGAUGGAACUGAUGUGGUGGAUAUUCUCGCUGGACGAAUUAUCCCUCUGCGCCUCGGCUACGUCCCCGUGGUCAACCGUGGCCAGCGUGACAUUGAGAACAAGAAGCCAAUCGCAUACGCCCUGGAGAACGAAAAGAACUUCUUUGAGAACCACAAGGCCUACCGGAACAAGGCUUCAUACUGCGGUACUCCUUAUCUCGCCCGCAAGUUGAACUUGAUUCUUAUGAUGCACAUCAAGCAAACCCUCCCCGAUAUCAAGGCUCGUAUCUCCGGAUCUCUUCAAAAAUACACCGCGGAGCUGUCACAGCUGGGUGACUCUAUGCUUGGCAACAGCGCCAAUAUUAUCCUCAACAUCAUCACUGAAUUCAGCAAUGAGUACCGCACGGUCUUGGAAGGUAACAACCAGGAGCUUUCCAGCAUUGAGCUUUCAGGUGGUGCUCGUAUCUCUUUUGUUUUCCACGAACUCUACUCCAACGGUAUCAAGGCAGUUGAUCCAUUUGACAUUGUCAAGGAUAUCGACAUUCGCACCAUUCUCUACAACUCCUCUGGUUCUUCGCCCGCUCUGUUCGUUGGUACCACCGCCUUCGAGCUUAUUGUGAAGCAGCAAAUCAAGCGCUUGGAAGAGCCUAGCUUGAAGUGUAUCUCCCUUGUCUACGACGAGUUGGUCCGUAUCCUCAGCCAGCUUCUGACCAAGCAGCUGUUCCGCCGCUAUCCCAUGCUCAAGGAGAAGUUCCACGCAGUUGUCGUCGCCUUCUUCAAGAAGUGCAUGGAGCCCACCAACAAGCUGGUCAAGGACUUGAUCUACAUGGAAGCCACCUACGUGAACACCGGCCACCCUGACUUCCUCAAUGGUCAGCGCGCCAUGGCUAUCGUCAGCGAGCGCCAGCAGUCCUCCAAGCCCACACAGGUCGACCCCAAGACCGGCAAGCCUCUUCCCGGCCGUGCUCAGAGCCCCUCCCUCGACACAACCGGCGAGGCCACCAACAACAGUGGCUUCUUCGGCAGCUUCUGGGCCUCCAAGAACAAGAAGAAGAUGGCUCUCAUGGAGGCACCUCCCCCAACCCUCAAGGCCUCUGCCAGCUUGUCUGAGCGCGAAUCCACUGAAGUCGAGGUUAUCAAGCUUUUGAUCACCUCCUACUUCAACAUUGUCAAGCGCACGAUGAUCGAUAUGGUCCCCAAGGCUGUCAUGUACACUCUUGUUCAGUUCACCAAGGACGAGAUGCAACGCGAACUCCUCGAAAACAUGUACCGCACCAACGAGCUGGACGAACUCCUCAAGGAAAGCGACUACACCACCCGCCGACGCAAGGAAUGUCAGCAGAUGGUGGAGAGCCUCGGCCGCGCCAGCGAGAUCGUCAGCCAAGUCCAGUAG